GUCUAUUGAGGCAGCUUCUAAAAAGCUGGGGGGAUGGGUUGAAUCUCUGAGGCUAAGAAGGUAGUCUCAGCCUCACUUCCUCCAUCUUCUCAUUUGGCUUCCUGUCGUCACAGUAAAAUCACAUUUUUUUUUUCCCUUUACUUCUCCUUUUACACAAAUAGCCUGGACAUCUGUGUUACCAGUCUUGUGGUAGCCACUUCAUAGAUAAUAACCAAAUCCUGCCUGAAGGACUGAGACAAGGUGCCUGUAAAAGGGCAAGAAUACUACGGCAUGGGCAUGAGUAGCUUGAAAUUGCUGAAGUAUGUACUAUUUUUCUUCAACUUGCUCUUUUGGUUCUGUGGCUGCUGCAUUUUGGGCUUUGGGAUCUACCUCCUGAUCCACAACAGCUUUGGAGUGCUCUUCCAUAAACUCCCCUUUCUCACACUGGGCAAUGUUCUUAUCAUUGUGGGCUCCAUUAUCAUGGUGGUUGCCUUCCUGGGCUGCAUGGGAUCUAUCAAGGAGAAUAAGUGCCUGCUUAUGUCGUUCUUUGUCCUGCUGCUGAUUAUUCUCCUUACUGAAGUGACGUUGGCCAUUCUGCUUUUUGUGCAUGAACGGAAGCUGCAUAGCUAUGUGGAGGAGGGCCUGAGUGAGAGCAUCCGACGUUACUACUCAGACAACAGCACUAAGGCAGCGUGGGACUCCAUCCAGUCAUUUCUGCACUGUUGUGGUGUAAAUAGCACAAAAGACUGGACCAGUGGCCAACCAGCAUCUUGCCCCUCAGAACAAGGAGUUAAGGGUUGCUAUACCCAAACACAAGAGUGGUUUCAGUCCAAUUUCCUGUAUAUUGGAAUCAUUACCAUCUGUAUAUGUGUGAUCGAGGUCCUUGGGAUGUCCUUUGCAUUGACCCUGAACUGCCAGAUUGAUAAAACCAGCCAGGCCAUAGGGCUGUGACCUGUAAUCGCUCUGUGUUGGAGAGACUUGUUUCUUCUCUGGAAAUCUAGAACCACUCAUAGCAUGAAGCCCCAAAUGAUCUCCUGCUGGACUGACAUCUUUUGUCCUCAUCUCUUCCCUGUUUGGGUCCCUGUCUUAUACUGCCAGACAAGAGGGUGUUGGCCAGGCACUUCCUUUCUCAGACAGUGAGACCAUCAUUUACCUAGUGAUGGCAGCAGCCAUGUCCCUUAAAGUAGUGAAACAUACCUGAGUUAUUUUUAGAUACAAGAGGCCAAGAAAACCUGUGGCACUAGUGGCUGAAGGUCAAGGAGUGGGUAUUUGAAUGUUUGAAUAUUCCUGUUGUUAAAUCAGUCUCCAGCCUCUAACUCAUGCUCAGCCUACUCUACAAUGUCAUUCAAGAGAUAUGCUGAAUGUAGUACGAGAGCCAGACUCACUGGAUCUUGGUCACAAUCCUCUCCUUUGACUAGGAGCCUUAUGGGCAAGGUUUCCUUUCAAAGUGCUUUACAGAUUUAUUUUAAGUCUUUCUAAAAAAAAAACUAUCCAGUGAUUUAUAUCUUGACUUUAAGAGAUAGGCAGUCUCUUAGCCUUUGAGUUACACAGACACUGAAGAACUGCACAGCACCUGUAAUCUCUGGUGGGUUGGCUGAUAGUCACAUUCAGAAGGGUUCUGGUGUUAUUUCUCUAUCAUAUAAAGUUUUGUUAAUGUAUUAUUUUAACUCUUCAAGAAAUAAAAUAGCUUAUGAUGUCAA